AUGGCAUUUUCUCAAUCUAUUGUAUGUGUGAAAAAUCGCCAUCUCUUUUCUUCUCUUUUCUCUAAAUUUCAACCCUAUUCUUCAUCGCCACCACAAAUUUUGGACGAUGCAUUAGUCUCAGCCGCCGUCUCAAUCCUGAAACACCACCGCUCAAAGUCGCGGUGGUCCCACCUCCGCUCCCUCCUCAGUACAACCGGUAACCUCCUCAACCCGUCUCAGUUUUCCCGGAUUGCCCUUGAAAUCCGCAACAAUCCUCGCCUUGCCCUCCGUUUCUUCCAUUUUACUCUUAGUAAUACUCUCUGCUCCCAUUCUCUCCUAUCCUAUGCUGCCAUAAUUCACAUUCUUUGUCAUUCCAGGCUUAAGACUGAGGCCGAAAGCUUAAUUCGGUUAGCCUUUAGAAAAUUCCCAGAAGCUCACCAGCCCAGUUCUUCAAGCCCGGCUCCCAUUUUGGAAAUCCUGAUAAAAACAUAUACUACCUGUGGUUCUGCACCAUUUGUGUUUGAUUUGUUAGUCAAAGCUUGUUUAGAGUCGAAAAAGAUUGACCAAGCUCUUGAAACAUUUAGAAUGUUGAACUCCAAGAAUGUGUUUGUAAGAACUAGUACUUGUAAUUCUUUGAUUGAUUUGGUGUCCAAGAGUCGAGGUUGUUUUGCUGCAUAUGAUCUGUAUAGGGAAAUUUUUUGUUUUGAUGGUAAAAAUGGUGUUUACCAUAGGAGAGGAGUAAAGGGCUUUUUUCCAAAUGUGAAUACGUUUAAUGUAUUGAUGGUUGCAUUUUACAGAGAAAGAUUGGUGGCGAAUGUGGAGGAGGUAUGGAAAGAAAUGGGAAGAGUGGUUUGCACACCGAAUUCAUAUAGUUAUAGUGUUCUAAUGGCGGUGUAUUGUGGCAAUGCAAGAAUGGAGGAUGCCAUGAGGGUAUGGGAGGAAAUGCAGAAUAAAUGUGUGAAGCGUGAUGCAAUGGCUUACAAUACACUUAUUGAUGGGUUUUGUGGGAUUGGAGAGCUUGAGAGGGCCGAAGAGAUUUAUAGAGACAUGGUAAUGAGUGGUGUGGAGAGUACUUGUAUUACUUUUGAGAAUCUCAUAAAUGGGUAUUGUAAGAUUGGGGAUGCUGAUUCUGCAAUGUUAUUGUAUAAGGACAUGUGUAGGGAAGGUUUUAAUCCAGAUAGUUUGACGGUUGAUGCAGUUACUAGAGUGCUCUGCGAUAAGGGCGACAGUUCUACUGCUUUGGAUGUUUUGAUGGUUCUAGCAAGGAAACAUGAUGUUAUUCCGAAGAAGAAGACUUUCCAAGUUUUGAUAAAAUGUUUUUGUCACCAGGGGAAGAUGGAAGAGGCUUUAAGGCUUCAGGCAGAGAUGGUAGGGAAAGGAUAUGAACCAGAUUCAGAGACGUAUGGUGCUUUUAUUGAUGGGUAUUUGAAACAAGGGAAUGAAACAAUGGCUGGUAAAUUGAGGAAAGAAAUGCCCAACAACACUUUUGAGCAGAGUCAUUUAGCUGGAAAGUGCAAGCUUGUAGUUGAAGUAAAGAUGUGGGCCAUGCCGUGGGGUCUUCUUCAGAAUAUUUUCAUUAUUCAAUUGCAAUUCCAGCGAGACUUGUGA